AUGGCAGCUUGUGAGAGACGAUCGGUGUCCUGUGAUGAAAAACAAAAGAUUGUGUGUCUUCACCAAAAGGGCAAGACAAAUUCUGUGAUAGCAACUACUGUAGGAAGGUCUAGAAGUGUUGUGCAACGAAUUGUAGCUCGUUUUAAGUCUUCAGGAUCGUCAGAUGCUAAACCUAAAACCGGUGCUGAGAUAUCCCGCGAGUUAAGCUCCGCUUCGGAUGUCAACGUAUCGUGCAAAACAGUUUCCCGGAGGUUAAGUGGUUCUGGGUUGCUUGCUUGGGCAUCGGCAAAGAAAUCUCUGGAUAGAAGAAGAGUGGUUGCAGAUUCAUUUUAG